GGCUAUUCAAACCCCAAAUCAGAUUGAAGAAGCGCCAUGGACAAGUCAAUAAAUCGCUUCUGUCAAGUCGAUCCAAUGGAGUUCUUCGCGUAUCCGCCAAAAGACGCCCCUCCUGUUCCGCCACCAUUGGAACUGCAUGUUUACCCACCAUUUGCGGAAUUUAUAGAGUUUGGCGGCGCUUCAAAGCAUGUUCUUACCAAUGCUGGUUCCUCCCGAAUGGUAUUCAAAGUGAAGUGUAGCAAUAAUUCCUUAUUCAAGGUGUCACCGGUCUAUGCGUUUCUCGAUUCCGGUGCUUCAAUGGAUUUGCAGAUACUCCGGCAAGAAGGUCCCACCCGCAACGAUAAAUUGAUAAUAAUGUACAAGGAAGCUAAGCGUUCGGAAAAGGAUCCCAAGAAAUCGUUCGAAAAUGAGGGUGUCACAGCGAAAAAAGUCCUUCCAUUAAUCACGAGGGAUGUCGACGAGACGUGACUGCGGCGGAAGUGCUUGCCUUAAGAAUUGUAUAUAUUAAUGAUCUCAUAA